AUGGCUUCUGGUGGCAAGCAGCAAUUCCCUCCUCAGAAACAAGGAACUCAGCCUGGGAAAGAACAUUUCAUGGACCCCAAUCCUCAGUUCACAAACCCAGAUUACAAGCCCUCCAAUAAGCUCCAAGGGAAGGUGGCGCUAAUUACAGGAGGGGACUCUGGGAUUGGUCGAGCUGUGUGCUAUCUGUUUGCUCAAGAGGGUGCAACUGUGGCCUUCACAUAUGUGAAGGAGCAGGAGGACAAGGACGCAAAUGACACACUCCAAAUGAUAAAAAAGGUGAAGACUUCUGAUGCCAAGGACCCCAAGGCCCUUGCAGCCGAUCUGGGUUAUGAUGAAAACUGCAAGAAGGUUGUUGAGGAGGUGGCAAAAGCCUAUGGCCGCAUCGAUAUCCUCAUCAACAAUGCGGCCGAGCAGUACAAGGCGGGCUCCAUGGAAGAGAUUGAUGAGCCCCGUUUGGAGAGGGUUUUCAGAACCAACAUAUUUUCUCAUUUCUACAUGACCAGGCAUGCUUUGAAGCACAUGAAAGAAGGCAGCUCCAUUAUUUGCACAACAUCAGUGAACGCCUACAAGGGACACGCCCAGCUGCUUGAGUAUACUUCCACCAAAGGAGCCAUUGUGGCAUUCAUUAGAGCACUUUCUCUUCAGCUGGUAAGCAAAGGCAUUCGUGUCAACGGUGUAGCUCCGGGACCCAUCUGGACACCGUUGAUUCCAGCAUCUUUUGAUGAGGUGGAGAUUACACAGUUUGGCUCCGAAGUGCCAAUGCAGCGAGCUGGACAGCCGUAUGAGGUUGCGCCGGCUUACGUCUUCCUUGCUGACAAUGCUUUCUCUUCUUAUUACACUGGCCAAGUUCUCCAUCCCAAUGGUGGGACUGUAGUGAAUGCUUGA